GUAUGGUCUGUUUAGAAAAGCAAAUUGUUAUAAACACAACACCUAUUUGAAAAUAAUACUAGUAUUUCAUGGAUUUCCUAAAAAACAUUUAAUUGAAAUGGGUGAUUCGGAUUCCGGAUACGGCUCUGCCGUUACUGUAGAUUCUAUAAAAGUUAUUGCUGAAAGUGUGGGCAUUGCAAAUCUCGGUGAUGAUGCUGCAAAGGAUUUAGCGGAUGAUGUUACAUUUCGUCUCAAAGUAAUCGUUCAAGAUGCAAUGAAGUUUAUGCAUCAUUCCAAAAGACAAAAACUUUCAAUUGCUGAUAUAGACCAUACUUUAAAAAUUAAAAAUAUUGAGCCACAAUAUGGAUUUAUACAACCAGAUUCACUACCAUUUAGAUUUGCGACAGGAGGUGGAAGGGAACUUCAUUUUAUUGAAGAGAAGGAAAUAGACUUAUCUGAAAUAUUAUCUGCACCUCCUCCUAAAAUCCCUCUUGAUGUUUCACUUAGAGCCCAUUGGUUGAGUGUUGAUGGGGUUCAACCAACUGUUCCCGAGAAUCCACCUCCACUGUCUAAAGAAGCACAGAAGUUGGAGUCUGUCGACCCUAUAACAAAAUUAAGCAAACCUGCCAAUAAAGAUUCUGCAGGUAAACCAGUAUGUGGUAAAGCUGCUAGAUUGAAGGCUUCUGAAUCAGUACAUGUUAAACAGCUUGCAACCCAUGAGUUGAGUGUGGAACAACAGUUGUACUAUAAAGAGAUAACUGAAGCUUGUGUUGGCAGUGAUGAAGGAAGGCGUGCUGAAGCUCUGCAAUCUCUUGCUUGUGACCCUGGUCUUCACGAAAUGUUACCAAGGAUGUGCACCUUCAUUUCUGAAGGUGUUAAAGUUAAUGUUGUGCAAAACAACCUUGCUCUUCUCAUAUACUUGAUGCGGAUGGUUAAGGCAUUACUGGACAAUCAAUCUCUAUAUCUUGAGAAAUAUUUGCAUGAAUUAAUACCAUCAGUAUCAACAUGCAUAGUUUCCCGGCAGCUAUGUAUGAGGCCGGAAGUAGAUAAUCAUUGGGCAUUAAGGGACUUUGCUGCCCGGCUCAUGGCACAGAUUUGUAAAACAUUUAAUACUUCCACAAACAAUUUACAAACAAGAGUAACAAGGUUGUUCUCUAGGGCAUUACAAUGUCCAUCUCAAACAAAUAGUGAGUCAGGUCCAUCUAUGGUAACCACUAUGAAAGAAUCUGAGAAAACACCACUUGCAUCUCUGUAUGGUGCAGUACAGGGCUUAGCCGAAUUGGGCCCUGAAGUUGUUAAGGUGUUCAUCCUGCCGCGCGUGCGUUGGCUGGGCGAGCGCGUGGAGGGCGCGCUGAGCGGCAUCGGCGGCGCGGACCGGCUCGCCGCCGGCAACCUCAAGCACCAGCUGCUCAAGGUGCUCGCGCCCGUCGUGCGCCAGCUGCGGCAGCCGCCCGACCUGCCCGAUGACUACAAGCGUGACUACGGCUACCUGGGGCCCAGCCUGCAGCAGAUGGUGGGCAAGCUGCGCGCGUCGCCGUCGGCGAGCGGCGGCGGCGGCGCGGUGGCCGUGGUGACGUGCACGCCGCCGCUCGUGCCCGCCGCGCCCGCGCCCGCGCCCUCCGCCUCGCACCAAGCCACCAAGACUGUUGAUUCCUUGGCGACUCGUAAUGUGAUAAGUUCCAAUACGCCGCAGUCGCCAGCGCCGUCCACGCCACCACCGCAGAAGUUUGUCAUUGUUUCACAGCAAAAACCACAGCAGACGCAACCCGCUAGCGGUGCGAGCCAUAUUGUGGUACAUAGUUCGCAGCCGACAAUUGUUCGUAGCCAAAACGUUCAGUCGGUGGUGGUGACGAGCGGGCCGGCCGGCAACCAGCAGCCGCAGAAGGUGGUGGUGGUGGGCAUGCCGCCGCAGCAGCCCGCCGCCGCCGUGGGGGGCGUCAGCCAGGCGCCAGUAUCGGUGGUCGCGAAGCCGGUGUUCGCGCGCGGGUCGGGCGCCCCGCAGCCGCCGCCCGAACUCGACGACCUGUCGCACCUCGCCUGACAGCCGCGUGUGCUCACCAUUAUCAAACACCUCAAGAAGACCAGAUGAAGAUGCUAUACGACUAUCCUAAAGUGCACCCGAAGAUUCGAAUUCGAUAUUGUGUUAGUUCUGUUUUGAAGAAAAGAUUAUUGUGCUUACACAUGCGAUUAUGUUGUAAUUUAUGAAAAUUCUGUUUCAACGUUACAUAAUUUAAAAAAAUACAUUUUUACGUAUUUCUCGCGUUAUUGAAACCUGUAGCGAUUCGCGGUGAAAUGUUCACGAUUUUAAUAUGUGUUUUCGCCAAAAAUGUCAUCACUGGCUUAUCCAAGUGAGCCGCUAUCAAAGGAUAACAUGAAGUACCUUUGUCAGAGCGGACUGACUC